AGACUUUUUGCAAAGGAGGGUGGGAGGAGAGAUUCUGAGAAACAGAAAGGAAGAAAGAAAAGAAAAGGGAAUGGAAAGAGAGGGAGAGGAAAUGAGAGAGGAAGGAGGGUGAACUGCUUUGUAGCUGCUAAGAUUGCAGACAGAAAUAGCACACAACCACCGUGAGCUGUGUGCGACUCAGAAACCAAGACCAAAUUGUAUUCACUUUUAUUAAUCAGUUGCUCAGAGAGAAGGAAAUGACAUCUGGUCCUGUCUUCUUCUACAUCUUAAUUUUGGGUAAAUAUUUCCUUCACGGGAGUGGGCAGGAUGUCAAGUGCUCCCUCGGCUAUUUCCCCUGUGGGAAUAUCACCAAGUGCUUGCCUCAGCUUCUUCAUUGCAAUGGUGUGGACGACUGUGGCAACCAAGCGGAUGAGGACAACUGCGGAGACAACAAUGGAUGGCCUAUACAAUUUGACAAAUACUUUGCCAGUUACUACAAAAUGACUUCCUUGUAUCACUUUGAGACACAAACAUCUGAAUGCCUUUCUCAUUUCUUUCUUUUCAUUACCCUCCUCUUCCUGGUCCCUCACUAUCCCCAUUCCUUACUACUUCCUCCUUGUUCAGUGGUCGGUUCUGUGCCCGUGCCAUGUCUUUGCCGAGGUUUAGAGGUUGACUGUGAUGAGACCAAUUUACGAGCUGUUCCAUCAGUUUCUUCAAAUGUGACUAAAAUGUCACUUCAGCGGAACUUAAUAAGAAAGCUUCCUCCUGAUGGCUUCAAGAAGUACCAUCACCUUCAGAAGCUGUGCCUGCAAAACAAUAAUAUUAGAUCCAUAUCCAUCUAUGCUUUCAGAGGACUAUACAGUCUUACUAAACUGUAUCUCAGUCAUAACAGAAUAACUUUCUUGAAGCCGGGUGUUUUUGAAGAUCUCCACAGACUAGAAUGGCUGAUAAUUGAAGAUAAUCACCUCAGUCGAAUUUCCCCACUAACAUUUUAUGGACUAAAUUCUCUUAUUCUCUUAGCACUGAUGAAUAAUGUCCUCACCCAUUUGCCGGAUAAACCUCUUUGCCAGCACAUGCCAAGACUGCACUGGCUGGACUUUGAAGGCAACCAUAUCCAUAAUUUAAGAAAUUUGACUUUUAUUUCCUGCAGUAAUUUAACUGUUUUGGUAAUGAGGAAAAACAAAAUUAAUCAUCUAAGUGAAAAUACUUUUGCACCUCUACAAAAGCUAGAUGAAUUGGAUUUAGGAAGUAAUAAGAUUGAAAAUCUUCCACCGCAAGUAUUUAAGGAUCUGAAGGAGCUCUCACAAUUGAAUCUUUCCUAUAACCCAAUCCAGAAAAUUCAAGCAAAUCAAUUUGAUUAUCUUGUCAAACUCAAGUCUCUCAGCCUAGAAGGAAUUGAAAUUUCAAAUAUCCAACAAAGGAUGUUUAGACCUCUAAUGAAUCUCUCUCACAUAUAUUUUAAGAAAUUCCAGUACUGUGGGUAUGCACCACAUGUUCGCAGCUGUAAACCAAACACUGAUGGGAUCUCAUCUCUCGAGAACCUCUUGGCAAACAUUAUUCAGAGAGUAUUUGUCUGGGUUGUAUCUGCAGUCACAUGCUUUGGAAACGUCUUUGUCAUUUGUAUGAGACCUUAUAUCAGGUCUGAGAACAGACUGCAUGCCAUGUCAAUCAUUUCUCUCUGCUGUGCUGACUGCCUAAUGGGAAUAUAUUUGUUUGUCAUUGGAGCCUUCGAUCUCAAGUUUCGUGGAGAAUACAACAAGCACGCGCAGCUGUGGAUGGAGAGCAUUCACUGUCAGAUUGUAGGCUCUUUGGCCAUUCUAUCCACAGAAGUAUCAGUGUUACUUCUAACAUUUCUGACACUGGAAAAAUAUAUCUGCAUUGUCUAUCCUUUUAGAUGUUUAAGACCUAAAAAAUGCAGAACAAUUACAGUUCUGAUUCUCAUUUGGAUGACUGGGUUUAUCGUGGCUUUCAUUCCAUUGACCAAUAAGGAAUUUUUCAAAAACUACUAUGGCACCAAUGGCGUGUGCUUCCCUCUUCAUUCAGAAGACACAGAAAGUACUGGAGCUCAGAUUUACUCCGUGGCAAUUUUUCUCGGUAUUAACUUGGCAGCAUUUAUCAUCAUAGUUUUUUCUUAUGGAAGCAUGUUUUAUAGCAUUCAUCAAAGUGCCAUAACAGCAACUGAAAUACGGAAUCAAGUUAAAAAAGAGAUGAUCCUUGCCAAACGGUUUUUCUUUAUUGUAUUUACUGAUGCAUUAUGCUGGAUACCCAUUUUUGUGCUGAAAUUUCUUUCAUUGCUUCAGGUAGAAAUACCAGGUACCAUAACCUCUUGGGUAGUGAUUUUUAUUCUGCCUAUCAACAGUGCUUUGAACCCAAUUCUGUAUACUCUGACCACAAGACCAUUCAAGGAAAUGAUUCAUCAGUUUUGGUAUAACUACAGAAAAAGAAGAUCUAUUGACAGCAAAGGAAGUCAGAAAACAUAUGCUCCGUCUUUCAUCUGGGUAGAAAUGUGGCCGCUGCAAGAGAUGCCACCUGAGUUAAUAAAGCCAGCUCUUUUCACAGACCCCUGUGAAUUGUCACUAAUUUCUCAAUCAACUAGACUCAAUUCCUAUUCAUAACGGACUUUGAAACCCAUUUCUACACAGAGAAUAUUAUGGGAUGCUUCGUGAUGGAUUUAUUAGUAUAAAAUGAAUGCCACAAAAUUACUAAUUUAUAAUGGCCGAGAUAAAACCAUUACAAAGACAUGAGGUUAUUUGGGAAAAAUCAAAGUGACUGAUGCCCAUAUAAAGGGAAAUAAAUUAUACUGAUAAUGUGUAUAUAUUAGUACAUAUUUUGCAUAGGAAAUUAAGAGAAAUCUAUUUCAGAAAGACUCAUUCAUUCUUUUACUAGGCAUUUAUUGAGUACCCACUAUGUGUAUAGCACUGCAGUAAAUUUCUGGAAGUAUAGAACCUGGAAGUAUAGAAUAGUAUAGAACCUUUUCAAUUUGCAAUGUUAAAUUAUGUUUAGCUACAACAGAAUAGAUGCAGCUCUUAGAUGAAGGUAGAGCUUUAUCUGUCAUGCACACAGCAAACAUAAUAAUCAUGGACACUUUUAAAUAAAGGUUUAAGGUUUUGUAAUACUCAA